GCAUAUGGUUGGACUCAUUUUUAUCAAAGUCCAUAAUAUGGACAGAAAAAUAUCAUUGUACAGAAGAGGUUAUAUCAAUAAUUAGUAUUCUUAAUGUGCAAAGUUCGGUAUUCUACCGUCCAAGAGAUGUUCGUGAUCAGCUUGUUGGUCUCUGUGAACGUGCUGAAGUAGAAUUAAAACCGAAUCCAAACUCGGGUGACUUAUUACCUAUUCAAAAAUCAAUUGUGUCAGGGUUUUUCAUGACCGCUGCUCGAAUUUCGCGUUUUAGAGAAUCUUAUCAAAAAGUCAAAUACGGAGAUCCGGGAAGAACGAUAUAUGUUCAUCCAAGUAGUUCAUUAUUUCGAAAUGGUAAAAAAUAUAUGCGUCAAAUAAUGGAAAUUCAACCCGAGUGGUUAUUAGAAGCUACAACUUAUUAUUAUUCAAAAACGGAAUUCGAUGUUUUAGGUGAUAAAAAGAAAAUGUCAAAGAAUCGUCAAGCUGCACAGACUUCGGGUACUAGUGUUAUUACUGAAUCGAACCUACUGGGAAAAAGAAAUCCCAAACCAUUAGGAAGUUUUGGUGACCCGGAAACUAGAGAUCCAAAGAUAACUAGCCUCAGUCUUGAACUCACCGCAACUUUAACGGCUAGCCAAUUGGCAUGUCCUCCAACUAAGAAACUGACCGAGGAUUUCCACUCUGACACGUUCGGACAUAAAGCCCAUGAGAAACUCCUCAGAAUGGGUGGAGAAUAG